AUGCAAGAUCCAAUAGAUGUCCAAGACUUGGAGCAUGACAGUGUGGAAACUGAGACAGAGCCAGCGCGAGAUCAACUGGAGGCACACCUCCGUGACAGCAUAGUCGGCAGGUAUAUCAGGAGUUACAACAAGCGCUUGCGCACUCUCAACCAAGCAUUAGAGGACACACGACAGCAGGUUGAUGACAAACUCACUCGUAUAGAUCGACACGUUUCCCAGGAAAUAGCAGAGGUCAAAACUGAUAUUCGUAGUCUUUCCGCCAAACCUGGGGGCGAAGAUUUAGGGUUAACGUUAGAAAAAAUUGAGGGACUCAUCGACGCGAAGCUUGAUGCAAGGCUUGAUGGGGUUACUGCACGCGGCGAGGCGGAUCUCCAGAAAUUGUCAACACUCAUAAACGAUUUCGCCAGCGAGUUCCAGAAGCAAAUUGAUCGGCUCACCAGUGAAGUGAAACUCUUGCGAGAGCAAGCGCGCCGAAAUCAGGAGUCUCUACGCACAGAGUUAGUUUCUGAAACCGAAACGCUUGAAACUACUAAAGUCGAUCGGUUAACCUUAGCCGAAACCCUCAUUAUGCUCGGGAUGAAAUUGAAAGACGAUGACUUGCUGGAUGAAUUCGGAAUAAAUUUGGACCUCGAUGAAGUCGUAGAUGGAAACGCAGAAAAUGACGAAAGUUAG